AUGCCAUGGGGACAGCUGCAGGGGAUAGUGAGGAUCAGCAGAAGAUAUAAAAAUGCCAAGUAGAAAAUGGAGCAAACCCAGAGCCCUGGCAAGGAUUCCCACCAAACCCAAGGCAAUACCUACCAGACCAUGACAUCUCCACAUGGAGACUGUGAUUGUCUCAUCCCACCCAACAGCAGGAAGAGCAGCAGCUCUGCUUUGAGCGAGCUAUUGCUGGACAUUAUGAAGAAGAUGGACCAGAACUUGGAAUUCAUUAGCACCAUGGGCAAGAAACUCACAGCUCUGAGCAUUCACAUGAACAGGCUGGAAAGGCUGAUUACCCACUUGGGCCAGUCAACUGCUCAGGUGGACUCACUGGCCUGGAGGCAGCAGGAUGAAAUCCAGAAGUGUGUGGAGCAUCUGCUGCAGGAAAACCACCAUCUCGCUGCCUGCAUGGAGCAGGUGGAGAGGCAGGUGCCACCCACCAGCCUCGGGGUCCUUGGCUUGCCUGCAGAGGAGGAGGAGUUCAAAGAAGCCUUCGGCCUGUUUGACCGGACACCCACAGGAGCCAUGCAGAUCACUUACGCACAGUGUGGGGAUGUCCUACGGGCGCUCGGUCACAACCCCACCAACGCAGAGGUCCUGAAGGUGCUGGGCAAGACCAAACCAGAAGAAAUGAACACAAAGAUGCUGGACUUUGAGACCUUCCUCCCCAUCCUGCAGCACUUCACCCGGAACAAGGAGCAGGGCACCUACGAGGAUUUUGUGGAAGGGCUGCGUGUCUUCGACAAGGAGGGCAACGGCAUGGUGAUGGGGGCUGAGCUGCGCCAUGUACUGGUCACUCUGGGGGAGAAGAUGACGGAAAGCGAGGUGGAGCAGCUCAUGGCAGGGCAAGAAGAUGCCAAUGGAUGUAUCAACUAUGAAGCUUUUGUCAAGCACAUCAUGUCUGGCUGAAAGAAGAAACUUCAGGCUGCUAUAUGGCAAGCACUUAACCACUAUGCUUACCGUGAUGCAGUGUUCCUUGCAGAAAGAUUAUAUG